GACAAACUCGGUUGUCUGUGCAAGAGCAAGUAGCAGAGUUUUGUGUGGCUACUGGCUAGUGUAAUCAUCAAUGGAGCUCUCGAUCUCGCAAUCACCACGUCUUCGAUUCUCGUCUGUAUCACCUCGUUUCUCAGCAGCUUUUAAUCAUCACAGACCUUCGUUGCAUUUAGCUGGGAAGCUUAUAAGCCGUCACAAAGAUGCUGCCUUCACUAGCUUAUCAAGUUCGUGUAUGCGGUCGAAACUUGUUUCAACUAAUUUCAGAAAAAUCUCGAUCCGGGCAUGUUCUCAGGUUGGUGCUGCUGGUUCUGAUCCAGUUCUGGAUAGAAUCUCGCGUUUUCAGAAUGCUUGCUGGAGGUUUCUUAGGCCACAUACGAUCCGUGGAACAGCUUUAGGAUCAACUGCCUUGGUGGCAAGAGCUUUGAUAGAGAACACUCAUCUCAUCAAAUGGAGUCUCGUUCUCAAGGCACUUUCAGGUCUUCUUGCUCUUAUAUGUGGAAAUGGUUAUAUUGUUGGCAUCAAUCAGAUCUACGACAUUGGAAUUGACAAAGUGAACAAGCCAUACUUGCCAAUAGCAGCAGGAGAUCUCUCAGUGCAGUCUGCGUGGCUAUUGGUGAUAUUCUUUGCAGUUGCAGGGCUGUUAGUUGUAGGAUUCAACUUCGGUCCAUUCAUUACAUGCCUAUACUCUCUUGGCCUCUUUCUGGGGACCAUCUAUUCUGUUCCACCACUUAGAAUGAAAAGAUUUCCAGUCGCAGCUUUUCUUAUAAUUGCCACGGUAAGAGGUUUCCUUCUUAAUUUUGGUGUGUACCAUGCUACAAGAGCUGCCCUUGGACUUUCGUUUCAGUGGAGUGCACCUGUGGCUUUCAUCACGUCUUUUGUGACACUGUUUGCACUGGUCAUUGCUAUUACAAAAGAUCUCCCUGAUGUUGAAGGAGAUCGCAAGUUUCAAAUAUCAACGCUAGCAACAAAGCUUGGAGUGAGGAACAUUGCGUUCCUCGGUUCUGGACUUCUGCUAGUGAACUAUGUUUCUGCCAUAUCUCUAGCUUUCUACAUGCCUCAGGUUUUCAGAGGUAGCUUGAUGAUUCCUGCACAUAUGAUCUUGGCUUCAUGCUUGAUUUUCCAGACAUGGAUACUAGAACAAGCAAACUACACAAAGGAAGCUAUUGCAGGAUAUUACCGGUUUAUAUGGAAUCUUUUCUACGCAGAGUAUCUGUUAUUCCCAUUCUUCUAGCUUUCAUGGUGAAACCUUUCCUCUUCCUCUUUUUGUUGGUUGGAGUCAAAAUCAGUUUGUUCAUGUACAUACUAACAGGAUAUAUGUCCUUUUGAAUUUUGAUAUCUUGCAAUGAUAAUGAUUGUACCAAUACCAA